AGUCGUCGGACCUGCUCGGUUGGUUGCUUUGCACAUUGCAUGGCACAGGGCUGGACUAGGGAGCAGUUCUCAGCAUAAUCAACAAACAACUGAAAAGAAAAGCAGACGUCGAGAGAGCCGCUACCACCAUGAGGGACCGGAUCAAGAAGAAGCUGGAAGAGGCCCGUGAGCCGCUGGUGAGGGAGAUGCAGCCCCUGCCGGUGUUCGGCCUGCUGUUCCAAAACGGCAUCCUGACGUCCGACCAACUGGACGACAUCCUGCCGCACAAGGAGCGGCUACAGCUGAAUGAGAAGGUUCUAGACGAGCUGCCCGAGAAGGGAGACGAGGCCUUCAACGUGUUCACGUUUGCCCUGAACGAGCAUCAUCAGCCUCAGCUCAAGGAACUACUGGAGAAAGAUCCUGGUGUGGGAUCGUCCCAUGCCAACAAGGAGUACGAUCCUCUGUACCCGACCUCUCCAGAGCCAAUAACCAAGCUGAUCGGCACGAUUCCUCUGUCCAAGAACAAAAUGAGCCCGGCUCUGCAGGACCGCCUGGAACAGCGCCGCGAGCGGAUCGUGAGCGAAAUGCAGCCGCUCACGCUCUUCGGCCUGUUCCACCAGAAUAAGGUCUUUGAUCUGGACGAUAUGGACAGGCUCCUGCCUCCGGGAGAGCGUGAGAGGGUCAACAAACGACUCUUGGAUGUCCUUCCCGAAAGAGAUGACCAGGGGUACGACAUCCUGAAGUUUGCCCUGGAAGAAAGUGACCAAGGGCAUCUGCUGAAAUACAUGGGCGGGCAGAGGACGCAGCCGACCGGACCACGAGCAGGAGAUGUGCCUGGGGACUCGGAUCAACAAACUCGGCAAACAAACGGAUACAUGACUUUCCCGAAAUCCGCCGACGAAGCCCACUCGGGACAAGAGCCAGGUUUUCCCUCUCGCGACCCGGCGUUCUCGGUAGAAGCCCCACGGUAUGCAGACGAAGCUCACUCUGCCCGACUGCCCGAGUUUUCCAGCGAAAGGCCACGACAUCUGGGUCCCGGGCCGGGGUUCUCGGUUGACCCUCCCAGAUAUGCAGAUGAGGUUCACUCUGCACCGCCGCCUGGGUUCUCUGAGGGGUCCUCGCCAUUCUCUCGCCCGGAGAAACAAGGCUACAAGGGGUCUCCCCGCUCUGGCGACGACUUUAACGAACCCCACCGUGACGGACUGUCUGCAUCCACCGGCGAGAUUCCGCGGAAACGCACCUUCACGGAAAAGGUCAAGAACUACAUGGACGAGAAGUUCGGAGGGAAGAAGAAGGGUUGGCAGGGAUCAUCUUCCAGCAUUUCCGACCAAGAUCUGCCCACCCAGCCGAAGUUUGCCGGAUCCGAACCCGAUCUACGCAUGCGUAAGCCCAAGAAGGGUCACGUGAGUUUCGAGCCUCUUGAUGUAGAUGGCGUGGAGGAGUCACGUUGGAGGAGUGGGCAGUCCACCAUUGAAAAGCCGAAGUGGACCAAGCCAUCUGUCGACCUGAAAGCACCGAAUUGGGGUUUCAGAAAACAAAAAGGUGACGCCGAUGCAGAUGUCGAUGUCGAGUCUCCCGAUUACGAGGGUCCGGAGGUUGACAAGCCAUCGCGGUGGAGCUUUAAAAAACCAAGCUGGAAGUCUCCAGACUUGAAGAAACCAAGUUUCGAAGGGCCCGACCUUAGCUGGAAGAAACCAAGUUUUGAAGGACCAGAUCUUAACCUGGAGAAACCGAGUCUUGAAGGACCAAACCUUGACUUGAAGAAACCAAACCUGAGUUUUGAAGGGCCUAACCUGCAGAAACCAAACCUGAGUUUUGAAGGGCCUAACCUGCAGAAACCAAACCUGGAGGCGCCUAAUGUGAAGAAACCACACUUCUCGGCACCGGACAUCAGCUUCCGAAAGCCAAGGAUUGAAGGCAAUGGACCAGACAUCAAGGGGCCACCGAAAUGGAGUUUCAAGAGGCCAGACUGGAGUUUUAGGAAGUCCUCCAACGACUUGGAUUCACCCAACGACAACGACGGAAGCAUCGAAAGUGGUGACGUCAACGUGUCAGCUCCAAACGUCCAGCUCCACAGGUCUGAUGAAGUACAGGCCAACCCGAGGGUCAAGAUGCCGUUCGUGGACUCCGGUCACGAGCCUGGAACAUCGUCAGACUCGGAUGAUGACGACAUCGAUAGGAGGAAGAGGUCGUCGUUCCUUGAUCGAUUCUUCCGUAAAUCACGGGAAGACCUGUCCGCCCCGGACAAGCCCACCAGCAAACCGACCAAAAAGGCCGAGCAACAGAAAGUGACGCCCGAGAUGGAGAAAGAAAUGAAAGAGGCCGCCGCAAGAAUCGCCAAGAAUGAGCGCAUGCUGAAACUCCUGCACGACAUGACAGACAAGGCUCUGUACCACGCAGUGAAGAAGGAGAACCUGGAGGACAAGGGACAGAAAGACCUGGCCAAGCUCAUCCGUACGCCAGGAAAGGAACCCAGAAAUGAUGAGGGUGUGGUGCUCCUGGACAAGAUGACGGAGGAGCUGCAGUACCUGCAGAAACAGCGCACCAGUGACCAGGUCCAGGCGCCGUCCUGGUACGCUAACGUCAACACGGCCAUGCACGAUACCUACAACACGCUGAUGCUGCAGACCAUCUCCACCAGGAGCGCCCUGGCCGAGCUGGAGAACACGCUCAAGAUGUACCGCAGAGAUAAACACCUGAGACGAUACGUGGACAAACUGUCCUGAGCUGACCGUCAUAUUGAAGAUUAUAUCCAAAUGGACCUGAACUAUGGAUAGAAUAACUGGUAUUCUUGGGAUAGGACAUUCUCUCGGUGCUUUUCCUCUUUAUGCGUAUCUCCUCAUGCUUUUGGUCACGAGUUCAACAUUGUAAACGUGCUCAUGUGUAGACAACAUCAGCAUGUACAUUUGAACACUGUACAAAGCAGACGGUGAGAAAAUUGAUACUAUUGUACAGCUGGUAAAAAAGCAAACAGAUAUAUUGGAAUCUUAAGAUAUGGGAUCGGAACUAGCCAACAUUUUUUGAUAGCCAUAUAAUGUAGCACAUGGAAUCAUCUAUGCAUACAUAUAGUGAAGCAGUCCUAAAGCAUUGAUUUUGCAAUGCAACUCAACUAGUCUGUCAUAUCAAUGGACUGGACAUAACGAAUAUGAUGUUAUGAUAUGACGAAAGACUCAUGCAGGUAGCUGUUAUAAAGAUAUAUGAUAAUCUAAUCUAAUUAUAGAAAUAUGAUAAUGGAAAGAGUAUUAAAGGGGAUUGAAAUUAUUCACAAAAUAUAAAGCAAAGGCCUGUUUCGGCUGGAGAAUUAGAUAUUUCAUAUUAGAGGAGCCAAGUCAAGAUGUACUUUUUUUCUGUCUGAAUGAGAACUAAGAUCAAAUAUAGAUCAACGACGAAAAAAGAUCCGUGUUGAUAGUACAUAGAAUGCAUUGGUUUUAUUUAUUUGGUUUUCUAGAUAUGACAAUAGUAUAUACUUUUGUCAUUGCGUAUGAUGUAGCGGUUUGCACAUGUAUAUAGACGUAGGGCACAUAAGCAGAUAGUCACAUCAAUGAGAUGCACAUCAUGCCAGUCAUGGGAAACAAACAUGGCGAUAUUAUUAGCUGACUGGAAAUUCCCCAAAGGUGUCAGUGGUUUAUGCAUGGCAUAUAUUACAUAUUGUACUAUACUCUCCUUAGUAAUUAGUGUCUCUGGUUGAACCUGAAAUAUGAGCUGGGGCUCAUGGUGUAUCCACAUCCAUCUCGGGCGGUAGAAAUAAAUCAAGGUUGAAAAACA